CAGCAAAAAAUGGCGUCGCGCACGGUGUAAUGACGUCACCACCCCUGCGCGUCGCACAAUACGUAGGUUUGAAAAGCGUCCAUUAAAGUAAGGAGGACUGCGCGAGCUCUGCAGGAGAACAGGCGACUCAGCAUGAAAGCAGAGCCAGGUGAGCCACAGGAUCCCCAGACCGAAGAGAUGGAGUCAUUUUCCGAAGCUACUACCCACUCCACACCCAAGCAGGGCAAGAAAGGCAAGCCCGCUCAAAUCCAUGGCUCACUGGGUGCUGACAUGCCCAGUCAUCUGUCUUCCAACAGCACCAUUGUCCGUUCUCCAGCUAGAAACACACUGAACUUCUGGACAAUGCAGGCCAAAGUGACCCUGCUGGACGGCUCUGUCUUCACCUGCACUGUAGAGAAACGAGCACGUGGUUUUCAGCUGUUUGAAAAAGUCUGUGAACAUUUGAAUCUGCUGGAGAGAGACUAUUUUGGUCUUUCUUUCAGAGACGCGGACAACAACAAGAAUUGGUUGGAUUCACUAAAGGAGAUAAAGAAACAGAUUAGAGGGCUGCCCUGCAACUUCUUCUUUAACGUCAAGUUCUACCCUCCCAAUCCUGCUCAGCUGUCUGAAGACAUUACCAGGUACCUCUUAUGUCUUCAACUGAGACAAGACAUUGUCUCUGGUUGUCUUCCCUGUUCAUUUGUGACGCAUACAAUUCUCGGAUCCUACACUGUUCAAUCGGAGCUUGGAGACUACGACCCAGACGAGUGUGGAUCAAAUUACAUCAGUGAACUGAGUUUUGCCCCAAAUCAAACGAAAGAGAUGGAAGAGAAAAUAAUGGAGCUGCACUAUAACUGCAGAGGAAUGAGUCCAGCUGAAGCGGAGAUGAAUUUUCUGGAAAAUGUCAAGAAGUUGUCAAUGUAUGGCGUCGACCUUCAUCAUGCCAGGGACUCCGAGGGUGUAGCCAUCAUGCUGGGUGUGUGCAGUAGCGGUUUGCUCGUCUACAGGGACAGACUUAGGAUCAAUCGAUUCUCGUGGCCGAAGAUCUUGAAGAUUUCAUACAAGAGAAACAACUUUUACAUCAAAAUUCGACCUGGAGAGUUCGACCAGUUUCAAUCCACAAUUGGUUUCAAGCUGUUCAACCACAGGGCUGCAAAACGUCUUUGGAAAGUGUGUGUGGAGCAUCACUCCUUCUUCAGGUUAUUGUCCCCAGAGGAAACUCCUAAAAAGUUCCUGUCUCUGGGAUCGAAAUUCCGGUACAGUGGGCGGACUCAGAUCCAGAGCCGCAGAGCCAGUGCUCAGAUCUCCAGACCUGCACCACCUUUCACUCGAUGUGUCAGCAAGAGGAACCUACUGAGCCGCAGUCUGGACGGAGACAUGACUUUGGGACUGUAUGCUACUUCAAAAUCCAUUGCUGAUAGUGAUCUCAGCCCUUCAUUCACACCUGAGAUGAAUACACCGUUGGAGAGGGCGGUAAAAAAAACAGACGAGGAGUCAAAGCAGCAACAACAGGUGGAGAAUCAGAACCAAGUUGCAGAGGUGGAGCACGAAGUGAAUGAAACAGGUCCUGAGCUUUUAACCCCGGAUCAGACAGUGUUACAGGAGGAGCAGGAAGUCAUCAGCAAAGAUGAGGAUGUGCCGGAUGUGGUUGACGUGUACGAGCGGAGUCCUCCAACCCCUCAGAAACAGGACACCAAGACCGAGAUGACUGACACAGCUGUGGAUGACGACCUGUCUGCUACUGAGGGUGAGGAUUUAGAAAGUCAGACAUUAGAUAUUAGUCCAGAGGACAUCCAAAUACCACAAUCCAUCAGUGCUCUGAGGCGAACCUUCUUGGAGGGGGGAGCAACGGAAGGAAGCGCAAGUAUGACAGAGUGGGAGAGACGACUCGCCGCGUCGCCCCUACGACGUUUAGAUGAUCUGCCCAUGAUUGAACCUUUGGAAGACAAUGAGGUAGUCACAGUAGUGAAGGAAACUCAGGUGUACCAAGCUCCCGCUCCUGAUCAAGCACAAGGUCUCCGGCUGAGCUUGCAGACGUUCUCUGUGAUGACCAGCGACACCAGCACGACCACGAGCAUUACCAAGACGGUGAAAGGAGGAAUUUCAGAAAUGAGGGUUGAGAAAAGAAUCGUGAUAUCUGGAGACACGGACUUGGACCAUGACCAGGGCCAAAACUUCAAACCUACUUCUUCCUGCGACAUGUAGUCAAGACAACAGUGCCAAACACACCCACACUCUCACACCCAGAGCCA